UCUCUCAUCUCUUCUCAAACCUGAAAAUAUUCAAACUCAAAAUCUUUUAUUCUCAAGAAAUUUCUAUGAAAAAUGGUGGAUUUGGGUUGGAAAACCAAAAUGAUCCCCUCUGAGUUUCCCAAUAAAUCACCCAAGUUUACCGGUAAGCUUCAGAUUUCGAUUCCGCCGCUAAAAGUUCGCGUCCCUGAAUUAUCGCCAGCGUCGGAGUUUUCUUGUUCCUCCUACGAGUCCUAUCUCCGCCUCCCGGAGCUGAAGAAGCUAUGGGAAGCCCGCGAGUUUCCCGGCUGGAAAAGCGAGCCGCUUUUGAAACCGGCUUUCAUGGCCCUCGAGAUCACUUUCCGCUUUAUCUCCACUGUUUUGUCCGAUCCGAGACCCUACGCCAACCGGCGGCAGUGGAGGCGGCGGCUCGAGGAGUUGGCGAGCAGUGAGGUCGAGAUCAUAUCUCUGUUGUGCGAAGAGGAGGAGGAAGAUACAGAAACGCGUGGGACUAUUCCGGUCGUCGACCUGACUUCAGUUGGCGGCGCUGUGGCUCCAGAGAACAGCUCGGUGGAAGUGUGGAAAAUGGCGGACGGCACCGUGGUGGUCAGCCAGGUCAGCGAGACGAGCUUACUGCCUCGGCUUGGGGCUUGGCCUUCGUUCGAGGAGGUUGUGAGGAAGCUCCAGUACUCCAUCGAGUGCCAGAUGAAGGGGUGUCCGUACACCCUUGGCUUGGGCGAGCCAAAUCUAAGCGGCAAGCCCAGCAUAAACUACGAUCUCAUCUGCAACCCGGCGGAGCUUCACGCCUUGAAGAAAUGCCCCAACGACGAUGUUGUGAAGAACUUCGAGAACCGGGCAGUCUACUCUGUGCAUCAGAUUCUAGAAUCAUGGAUCCGCGUCGGAAAGCAGCUUCUGGAGAGAAUUUCCGACGAAAUCGACUCUCAAUCGUACGAUAGAGCAGCGAACCAUUGUUGGAUUUUGGAAAAAAUAUGGAUGAUUCUGAACCAGAUUGAAGAUUUGCAUUUACUGAUGGAUCCUGACGAUUUCUUCCGUCUCAAGAAUCAACUGAUGAUCAAAGCAACUUCCGAUUCGGAAUUAUUCUGUUUCAGAUCACGACAACUCGUUGAGAUCUCGAAAUUGUCCAAGGAUUUGAAGCACAGGGUGCCGGCGAUUCUGGAGGUGGAGGUGGACCCCACUGGCGGACCGAGAAUUCAGGACGCCGCCAUGGAUUUGUACCGGAAGAAGGAAGAUCACUCGAAAAUUCACUUGCUGCAGGCGAUGCAGGCGGUGGAGGCGGCGGUGAAGCGGUUUUACUUCUGUUACAAACAACUGCUGGCGGCAGUGAUGGGGAGUUUGGAGGCGAAGUGGAAUAACGUUGAGUGCGGCGACUUGCUGAGUCAAAUUUUUCAGGAACCGACAUAUUUCCCGAGCUUGGACGCCGCGAAGACGUUUCUUGGGGAGAGCUGGAACCAACAAUGACGGGGGGAGAUGUAGUCCGGAAUGACGGCGGAGGAACGGUGGAUGUGGGUUCCCGCGUCUGCCCCGCCACUCGUCUUGUUGACAUAUAUAUAUAUACAGAUUAUAAUGUAGUCUGCAUGGGAAGAAAUUAGCGAAAAAUUGAAAUUUUGGUUCUAAUUUUAAUAUUCUUUCCUCCCCCCCUCCCCCCCGAGAGUAAUGUAAUGUUGUUAGCCUUUUUGUUCUUGCUCAAAUUUAUCAAAAUUUUCCCUUAGUUUUUUGGACUUA